CCACCCCCCACAUCACCAUAUCUCAACGGAGACUCACCUGAGAGCACGAACGGAGACAUGGACAUAGAGAACGUUACACGAGUGCGCCUGGUUCAGUUCCAGAAAAACACUGAUGAACCGAUGGGUAUCACGUUGAAAAUGAACGACCUGAACCAUUGCAUCGUGGCAAGAAUAAUGCAUGGAGGAAUGAUCCACAGACAAGGAACUUUGCAUGUUGAAGACGAGAUCCGGGAGAUCAAUGGCAUAAGUGUAGCAAAUCAAACGGUGGAGCAGCUUCAGAAGAUGCUU